AUGAACAUCAAUAGAAUUGCCGCGUUAAUAUGCCACCCUUCGUUAUUUAAGAAAUCGAAGGCCGAAUCGUCGGUAAAUGAAAAGAUGAUAUUAACAGAUCAAUCGGAUACUUCGGAACUGGAUAAUAUCCUACCCACAAAACAAGAGUUGAAUCGACGACGAAGACAUUACGGUAUGUGCCUACGCUGUGGCGCUACACUCACCGACAAAGCAUG